AUGAAUGCUUUGUCAUUGAAUUCAAAGCUCAUCGGUGCCUAUGCAAGUUGCGGGGAUCUAGGUUCUGCUGAGCUUGUGUUCCAAAGAACAACAAACCUGAAUAUUUUUGCAUUUAAUUGGAUGAUUUCAGCUGAGAAAUCCAUUGGGUACUUCUCUCUUCUUCAUCAAUCAAGAACUAUUCCGAACACGUACACAUUUGCUGUAGUGUUAAAAGUAUGUGUUGGUCUAAUGGAUCUGAACAAAGGAAAGGAAGUGCAGAGUAUGAUAUAUAGAAUGGGAUUUGAGUCAGAGCUAUCGGUUGCCAAUGUCUUGAUUAAUAUGUAUGGCAAAUGUGGCAGUACGGAAUAUGCUCGUUUAGGAAAAUUGAAGAAUCCUUUAUUUUGUUUGAAAAAAAUGAGGUUAGAAGACCUAAAGCCUAAUGAUUUUACAUGGAAUGUAAUGAUCGCUGGAUAUGCUAGGAGAGGAGACUGUGACACAGCUUUUAUGUUACUCUCAAAAAUGAGUGAAGAGGGGUUGACUCCAGAUUUGGUUACCUGGAAUGCAAUGGUCUCAGGGUAUGUUCAGAGCCGCAGAUCAACUGAAGCUGUAGCAUUAUUGCAGGAAAUGUUGGAUGCUGGAGUGAAGCCUAAUGAAAUCACGCUCACUGGGCUUCUGCCAGUCUGUGGGUUGAUUGACUCUGCAUAUACAGGGAAAGAAAUCCAUGGCUUAGCAUAUAGAUUAGAGCUUUUUGCUAACGUCUUUGUUGCUAGUGCUCUCAUUGACAUGUACAGUCGAUGUGGGAGUGUAGAAGAUGCUUGGAAUGUUUUCAGUUCUAUUCCUUUCAAGAAUGUUGCAUCAUGA